AGCAACGACAUCCGUUUACCCUCGUCCUUCAGAAUUGAUUUUCUUUUGGUUUGCCCUACGUCCGUCCUCGUGAUUCUCGGCUAUUCAAACCUUUCAAAUAUAAUUUAUUGCAACAGCAGAGAAAAAUUCAUGCAAGACGGCUGAAGUAGAGCAACAGGUUUUUUUACAAAUCCUAGAAUAAUGUCCACCAUUUCCGUGAACGUCCGGCGGUUGACGUUGGAUGGCUCGGAAGACGACUCUUUCGCCGUUUCCAUCGAAAACUACAAGUCGAAAAACAAGAAGGACCGCUUUCGCGAGCUGCAAACCAAGGUCGCGCCAAAAAUCCCCACCGACGACAAAGACAAUGAGAUUCCCCCAGUGCUGAUUCAAUUUUACCGGUUCUUGCAGGAUGAGGAUGACGAGAAGCAGGCCGAUGUGGCGAGUGCGGACUCGGUCGUUCAGGAGAACGAUCCUGCAGAGCCGCGCGAUGCGAGCGACGGUUCCGGCGAGACUGACCAGGAGGUAGAGCCCCUGCCGCGGCAGAAAAUGAAUGACAGUCCGAUGCACGGGGAAAAAGAAAAUCCGUCACCCCAACGGAGCGCCGGUAGUUCGAAGCUCAGCGGAAAAAGCACUCCGGGCAAAGAAGGGUCUCUCCCCUGUUUUGCCUUCUCUGCGGAGGAUGAUCUCCAGGACGGCGAUGUGCUUCAUGUAGCAAUCGAGGGCCCGGAGUUGCGAUUCUGCGCCGCCGAAACUCCCGCCGCCAACGCUGAUCUCUUUUUCACGUUGGACGAGUACGAACGGGCGGGCUGGUAUUACUACAAUUGCGAGAAAGAUGAAGCGGGCGGCGUCGACCCGGUGCAGUUUCUCAAGUGCGCCCUCCAGCGCCGGGAGCCGAGGUGGUCGGUCGUCUUGCUGUUUGGGGUCCCACAGCUUGGCUUGACAAUGAACUAUGAAAAGCCGCGGCGCUUCUUUAUCCGAAACGGAAAGGCGUCGCACAGCCGCCAGCCCGCAGCGUCCUCAUUGCGGAGGCAGAAGCUGAUGAAAAUGAUUGAAGAGGGUGCAUCAUGCCAACUGCAACUUGAAGACGACCUGCACGAAGACGAUCUGUGCCACGUACUUACGGAUUGGAACAAAUUGGGUAAUGAUAGUGUCGAUUUCGCAAAAACUCUUGCGGGCUUCGCUACCUACAACCGCGCAGGUCGUCACGCUAACAACCGCGUACCUCCGUUCACAGACAUCACGUUGGAACGCUACAGCCGGCGGUACGCAACUGAUGACUUCUGGAUCACCAUCUUGCGCACGCCAUUCGGUGCAAAGCCACUGGCUCGUUGGCUGCGCCGGUUUCUCCUCGCGGCCGUGACAAGUUGCGCUAAGACGCCGCUUUUCGUUCCCGCCGACAACGAAGACGCAGCGCAGAGAGACUUGAAGGCGAAACAGGUUUACGAGUUCUUCUUCUGGGUUCUCUGGUGCAUGCGGGAAUACGACGACUGGACCGCUUCCGAGCGCUGGGAUGUGAUUGCGGCUGUUGUCAAUGCUCCUAGUUGUAAGGCGAGCGAUAUACCGAUCCGCGAGUACGCUCACGACCGAGUUCCCGAGGCGCUUCUGCUCAUGGCGAUUGACAUGUUGGGCGCCCACGGGGAAUCGCGCGGAGCGCGGGAGAUGCGCGCAACCAUUGACGGCGAGAAGGCAGAGCUGCUACUUGCGCUGGACCAGAAGUUCGCGCAGGCAGAUGAUGCACACAACGAGGCAACGAGGAGAAACGUUGCGCCCACCAGUGACGGUGAGUACAUUUCGUACGACACCUACGAUUUGUCUGAUAAUCGCUUUCAAUUGAGUCCAUUCGGCGCCCCUACCUGUUUUAUUAUGGAGCAAAGUGAGCAUGGUUCGGGACACAGCCCCUCAUACAUUUUUGAUGCCGACGUGUAUCAGACAAGUUGGCAACAUGCAAAACGAUUUAUGCGCCAGUAUUUUCACUCGUGGACGAGACAACUGCUGACCACAGCAAAAACCGCUUCAAAUAUAUAACUAGUUUCUGUCGCAGUGGCAGUAGAUUUUCCUGAUGCGCUAUUGCCACUAAAUAAAAAGUAUGUACUAACAAACAAUAUCAAAUGAACCGUUCCUGUGAGCUACUUCCGAACGAGUGCUGCGGCCUCUGUAAUUAUGCAAUAUCAAUAAAUCAAAAUCACAGAACUACGAAAUAAAUGAGACUACAUCCCUAAACAAGCAAUGUUGCGAGCGAG